AUGGGAAACAGUCAGAGCCACACCAAUCCUGCGACAGCAGGGGUUCUUCGGCUAAAGAGGAACAUUUUAAAGUUCUCAUCAGAGCACACCGUUGACUCUGUGCGCGAGAAGGCUGGCUUGCUUGAUACAGAGCACGAGGUCAAAGGCGCCACGUUCAAUGAGUUCAAGCUGACUUUCGACACGAUGGCGUUUCUUUCUGUGGCAGUGUUGUCAUGUCAGAUUCAGCAGCAGUCAGGGCACAAAGUCCAGCAAGUGUUCGAAUCGGACGGCGCGGACUCUCCUCUUAGCUGCAUCGUGGACGGCGAGCGGGUCUGCGAACUGGCCGCCAAAUCUGGCAUCAAGGACAUCGUAAAGAUGUAUGAUGACGGCUCCACGGAGCACUUUCCGUGCAUCGAGGAGCUCAAAGCGCAGGUUGCGGCGAUGGCCGAGCGAUGCAAGCCGGGGCACUUUUUCGUCCUGGCCUAUUCUGGGCACGGCACCAACCAGGAGAACGAAGAGGAGCAGGAUGGACUUGACAGCAUCAUCUGCCUCCGCACGCGCGACGGCGAGGAUGACCACAUGGUCGAUGAUGACCUGGCGCAGCUGAUUUCGGAAGCCUUUGACCCGAGCGUCACUGUCCUUGUCCUGGCCGAUGCCUGCAACAGCGCCGGGGUUCUCGACUGUGACACGCCUGGCAUCUGGGGCAAGCGGCACGUGGCGGCUAUCUCUGGAUGUCAAAAUGAGCAAUGCUCCACGGACACUGGCGACGGAGGUGCCAUGACCAAUGCCUUGUUGCACGUGCUGGGCCACAAGAAGAUUUCCAAGAUGCGGAAGCAGGGCGGCGUGUCCGUACAGUACAUUUUCAACCGCAUGGUGGAAGCAAUGCCUGAGGAUGAGGAGGAGGAAGAAGAGGAGGGGGAAGAUGACGAGUACUACGAUGAGGAUGACUGCGAGGACGAGGAUUAUGAGUACGAAGAUGAGGAGGAGGAUGUCGACCCCAUUAGCGGUGAAGUCCCCGAGCCUGGUCAGAACAUCAACCUUUCCUGGCCCGGGGGCUGCGACCCAACCAAGAUCGCGUUUCCCUUCUGA